AUGAUUCUGUUCUACACCACAGAUCUGGUUUCUCUGCCAGGACAUUGUCACUUCCUGUUUGGGGAGCCCAUCAGCCCUCUGGCGUUCCCAGCUGAGGAUCGCUAUUCUGAACCUUUCGGUCAUCUGAACACACAUCUAGAUGAGGAAUAUGGUGAUGGAGCUCGUUCCUGCACAGUGAGUCACACAGUGUUGGAAAACUUCGACCAGACAAUUGUCUGUCCUACCUUUGGCUCGCUAGAGAACCAGCAGGAUUUCCGAACUCCAGAGUUUGAAGAAUUUAACGGGAAACCUGACUCCCUCUUUUUUACCGACGGCCAGAGACGGAUCGACUUUGUUCUCGUGUAUGAAGAUGAAACUAAAAAGGAGAACAAUAAAAAGGGAACAAAUGAAAAGCAAAGGAGGAAAAGACAAGCCUAUGAAUCAAACCUCAUCUGUUACGGCCUGCAGCUGGAAGCAACACGAUCAGUUUCUGAUGACAAGCUUGUGUUUGUGAAAGUGCACGCACCCUGGGAAGUGCUGUGCACGUACGCUGAGAUCAUGCACAUCAAACUCCCCCUGAAGCCUAAUGACCUAAAGACCCGCUCAGCCUUCGGCACCCUCAACUGGUUCACCAAGGUCCUCCGUGUGAAUGAGAGUGUCAUCAAGCCAGAGCAGGAGUUCUUUACUGCCCCAUUUGAGAAAAGCCGGAUGAAUGAUUUUUAUAUCCUUGAUAGAGAUUCCUUCUUCAACCCUGCCACCAGAAGCCGCAUUGUUUAUUUCAUCCUCUCUCGAGUCAAAUACCAAGUGAUGAAUAACGUUAACAAAUUUGGGAUCAAUAGACUGGUCAGUUCUGGAAUCUACAAGGCAGCGUUCCCUCUGCACGAUUGCAAAUUUAACUAUGAGUCAGAGGACCCCAGCUGUCCUAGUGAACGUUACCUCCUGUACAGGGAGUGGGCUCACCCUCGAAGCAUCUACAAGAAGCAGCCCUUGGACCUUAUCAGGAAGUAUUAUGGAGAGAAGAUUGGAAUCUACUUUGCUUGGCUAGGCUACUAUACUCAGAUGCUCCUGCUUGCAGCUGUGGUGGGCGUGGCCUGCUUCCUCUAUGGAUAUAUCAAUCAGGAUAACUGCACUUGGAGGUAAUCUCUCUUUAACCCUU